CCUCCUACCAUCAAUAAUUUCCUUCUCCGUUUCUUGACGGUCACUCAGACAGCACAAAUUAGUCAACAGCUCCGCACGUCAUGGCGUCGAAACAGGCAUAUUAUGUGGACCGGCAACAUUCGCUCCGAGGCGCAGACAUGGGCCGAUAGGAGAGAGAUGCGGACAUUGUCAACCGCCAUGGGGCCGUUGGCGAAUGGAAACAACCCGCUGUGCGUCCAAGUGUUUAAUAAUGGAAACAAGGCCCGGUCUAGAUACAUGAGAGGUGCCUCAGCCCUUUUUGCAUGGCACAUCGCCGCUGACGACGACGUCGUCACAAUCCUCUGUCCACCACCACCCGACCGAUUCAAUCCCGGAGGGGGAACAAAUAUGCAACUCGUGGAACUCCCAAUACUGACUGGCAUUGUUGGGGGCCGUGCAAUGUCCCGAAUCGAAGCGGUUCACCCCAUGGUCCAGGGUGCCGAAGACUUUAGAUACCAGCUAGGCUGGUCGAUGAGGUGCGUAUUGGAUAGAAAGAUUUUCCCCGGUGGCCAUUCAGAAGACAGUGUGGCAACAGCGAUCAAGAACGGGCCAAGUGCGGACGAUUGA